AUGUUCGCGAAGGCUUUCACUAUCGCCACUCUGGCUUCCUUCGCCAGUGCCCAUAUGCUCAUGGCCAACCCCAAGCCCUAUGGCAACCCCAGCAACAGCCCUCUAGAAGCAGAUGGUUCUGACUUCCCCUGCAAGGGCAAGGUCAAUGAUGGAUCAGGUGACAAUGUCUAUAAGCAGGGCAGCACACAGGAGCUCUCUUUCACUGGCCAAGCCGUUCAUGGUGGAGGUUCAUGCCAGGUCUCCAUCACCACCGACAAGAACCCUACCAAGGACUCUGUCUGGAAGGUGAUCAAGUCUAUCGAGGGAGGCUGCCCCUCCAGGACAGCAACCGGUAACUUGGGCGGCAACCCUGACGCCCCUAACCCCGACAAGUACGACUUCACCAUCCCCAAGGAGUUGGCUGCUGGCGAGUACACACUUGCCUGGACAUGGUUCAACCACGUUGGUAACCGUGAGAUGUACAUGAACUGUGCUGCCAUUACUGUUGAGGGCUCAGGCGGCUCCAAGGACCUCUUGAACUCACUCCCCGACAUGUUUGUUGCCAAUAUCGGUAAUAAGUGCGAGACCCUUCCUGACACCGAUCUUGCUUUCCCCAACCCUGGAAAAGAUGUGAGCAAGCUCAAGUCUAAACUUGACGGACCAUCAGGCCCUGGAUGCCAGAAGGCCGGUUCUGGAUCCGAUGAUGGCGGCUCCGACGCAGGCUCUGGUGGAGGCGAUUCUCAGCCUUCUACUCCUGUGGCUGCUCCUACUACCAACAACGGUGCCCAGCCCACUCAACCCGCCACUACACCCGCCCCUGGUGCUGGCAAUGGCUCAAAUGGCACUCCUGAGAUCCCCGGUGGUGCCUUCAUUACUGUUUCUCAGCCUUCCGCCUCCCAACCUACCGCCACCCAAGCACCCGCCACUUCCGAAACUCCUCAGGAUGGUUCCGGGUCUGAUUCCGGGUCUGGUUCCGGUUCAGGCUCGGGCUCUGGUGAUGGUAACCAGAGCGGCGGCUCGGGCUCCGGAAGCGGCGGCUUCGCUGCUGGAACUGCUUGCACAAACGAAGGUGAAUGGAACUGCAUUGGUGGCUCGACUUUCCAGCGCUGUGCCAGUGGUGCCUGGACUGCUACCCAACAGCUUUCCUCAGGCGUCAGUUGCACUCCUGGCCAAGGCGCUGAUAUCGCUAUGACCACGAAGCGAGGCAAGCGAAACAUGCGCCGGGCCCAACGCGCAUAA